CCGGCCUACAAUCCCAGCGCGAGGCUUAGCGGGAGAGGCUCCUGUUCCCUUACGGCUCCUUGCCCCUCCCCGGGUGCCAACAGGGGUUCUGAAGGCGGAGGCAGCAGAGAAAGCUUCAGUUUGGGAGGCCCUAAGAGCUCCGAUCACCUACCGCCCUGGGCGCCGCCAUCUUGCUAGGGUUACAUACCGGAAGGGGCCGAUCUUAUUUUCCUGUCCCGCCCAUGUGUUUUAGUAAUAGGCUGCUUCUCUCAUGGCCACGCCUCUCUAUUUUCCAAACCUCCUCUUAAAGGCGCAGAGUCCCUGAGUGAUGCAAAGGAAAGGUUGGCGUUUCCAGUCCACCAGAGGUGCCUUAGAAGAAGACCUGGUGAUCUAAAAACAAAGACCAAACCCAUUGCUGAUGAGUGGAUUCCGACUCAUAGCGACCCUCUAGGACAGAUUAGAACUGCCCCAUAGAGUUUCCAGGGAGCGCCUGGUGGAUUUGAACUGCUGACCUUUUAGUUAGCAGCCAUAGCUCUUAACCGCUCUGACAGCCUGGUGAUCUAGUUCCAAACUAUUGAAAACCCUGUGGAGCACAGUUCUACUUUGACACACAUGAGGUCGCCUUGAAUUGGAAUUUACUCAAGGGCAACCGGUUUUGUUUUCUUAAAGGCAUAAGUAUCUUUUGGAUUAGGGAUUGCUCAGAGUGCCCUUUGCACAGCUCUUAUGACUCUGAGCCUUUCCCUAGGAGAGGGUGGGCAGUGCUUCAUGUAAUGUACCGUUUUUCCCUCCUACUGAGGUGAGACUAGCAUUGUGAGGUGUUAAACUUCAGGUUGGAGCUCUCAGCAUGAAGAUUCGAUGUGGAGUCUUGUGGAUAGAAUUAUUCAUUCAUUCAUUCCACAAAUAUUUACCUAGCCUCUACCACGUGGCAGGCAUUAUUCUGUGUGCUGAGGUUACCACGGGGAACAGGACAGACCCAUCGUUCUCUCAGGGGGUCAACAUUCCAGGUGGGGAGAGGCUAGAUGAAAAACAAAUGAGUGAGCAAGCUGACUUAUAGUGACCCUAUAGGACAGAGUAGAACUGCCCCAUAUGGUUUCCAAGGAGUGACUGUUGGACUUGCACUGCUGACCUUCUGGUUACCAGCGGAGCUCUCAACCCCUGCGCCGCCAGGACUACAGAUAGUGUUUGGUAAGAAUCAAAUAAAAAGCAAGUAGUACAAUAGGGAGUGACUGGGCCCUGGAGCCAUCAGGAAAGGCCUCUCCGAAGAGGGGAUAUUUAAGUGGAGGUGAAGGGUAAGGAAAGAACCACUCAGAGAUCUGGGGGAAGAAUACUCAAGGCAAAGGCAAGAGUAAGUACAGAGGACCGAAAACACAAUAAAAUAUUAUUUUAAAAAAAGAAAAUAAAAGAGUAAGUGCGAAGGACCUGAGGUGGGAGGGACCCAGGAGAAGUCAAGAAGCCAGACAUCAACAGAUACGGGGCGCCCAGGAGGGGCCAGGCUUGGGCAGGUACUGGGAAGAGGCAGGAUGAGGUGAACUUUGACCUUAGUGCGAGAGGCUGGGGUUGGACCCUUGUGAGCAGAGUUGAGGUUAGACUUAAGAAGGAAACAGAACACAUGAGGCUGGCUGACUCUCCCUGGAGAAUGAACUUUGGGACGCCUCUGUCAGCCCCCCUUGGCCCCGCCUGGCUGCCCUUCACUCCCUCCAGCCGCAGCUCCUCAGGGAGCUGGGUCACUCUGGACCUUGCUACUUCCUGCUCCCUGUGGCCACUGCUCAGAGGCUAUGGAGCAGUGGAAGCAGAUGAGGCAGGCUGGGCUGGUGCCCCUGGAGCUGGGCCCACCCCCGAGGGCUUUGAGGGGGGUCCCCCCAAUGGAGAGGCCUGGCCAGGCCUUCGUUCUCCCACAGACGGACACUGAUGGUGCCAGGGAGAGGCUGUUGUGGAUCUGGGAGGAGCUGGGGAACCUCCGCCGAGUAGAUACCCAGCUGCUGGACCAGCUGUGCAGCCUGGCGCUCGAGAUGGGGGCACUGCGGAAGGAACUGGAAGAGGAGGAGGAGAGCAGUGAGGAAGAUGAGGAGGGUGAAGAGCCCCAGCAGAAGCAGGAGGAAGAAGACCUGGAGCCUUCCUGCCCAGCCACAGGCCUCCCUGACUUUGAGAUGACUAUCUGACUCCUCCCCGUGUGUUUUCAAUGAGGUGACAUUUAUGCAAAGAAGAAGGUAGGAUUUGCAGGUCAAAUCAAGAUUUGGAAUCAAUACCUUUUCCUUGAGCAAGUGCUUCCUCUGCAGGGGUCUUGGAUGAGAGCUGUGGCCCUGUUUGCAGGUGAUGUGGAAAGUUUUGCAGAGAAGUUGCAGGUGUAUUUGCAGAUAAGCCGUGAGCGUGUUGCCGGCGAUACACAGAGGUUUGCAGCUGAGAAGCCGAUGCUUGCCUGGGACAUGUGGCUCUUUGCAAAUAUGAUACAGAUUCUUUUAAAUGAGGUUUUAGAUCAACACUGUCCAAUACGGUGGCCACCAGCCACAUGUGAUAUUGAUAGUGAGCCCUUGAAACAUGGCUAGUCCAAAUUGAGAUGUGUUGGAAGUGUGAAAGACACCAAUUUCAGAGGCGUAGUAUGAUAACAAGAAUGUAAAACAUUUCAAUAAUUUUUUAUUAAUUACAUGUUGCAAUGUUAUCAUAUUUUAUGUGUAUAUAAAUUAUAUAUGAGAUUAAAAUUAUGUAAAUUAAUUUCUCCUGUUAUUUUUUUUCGCUUUUUUAAUACACAGCUGCUAGAAAAUUUAGAAUUACAUACGUAGCUCUCAUCGUAUUUUUUAGAGUAAUAUUUUAUUGUGUUUUUGGUGAAGGUUUACACAGUAGUUUAUGUUCCCAUUCAACAAUUCCUGCACAAGUUGCUCAGUGACAUUGGUUACAUUCUACGUAAUGCAUGUGUAGUUUUUUUAACUGUGGUAACAUAUAUUUAACAUAAAAUUUGCCAUUUUGACCAUUUUUAAGUCUACAAUUCAGUGGCAUUACUUACAUUCACAUUGUUAUGCAACCACCACCACCAUCUCUUUCCAGAAUAUUCUCAUCACCCCUAACAGAAACACCAUACCCCUUUCUUCUUGCCCUGCACCCCUGGCAACCUCUAAUCUAUUUUCUGUCUCUGUGCAUUUACCGAUUCUAGAUAAUCCCAUUGUAUUUUUCUUGCACAGCACUAUUUCAGACAUCUGAAAAUAAAGUGUGGGUGCAGUGCAAUGGAUCGAUUUUGUGUGGCCAUGGUCUCGUAACUGUGCAAAUAAGGCAAUGGUGGCCCACCAAGGGGAUUGGUCAGUUUUGCCUUAAAAGAGAGUCAAUUCCAAAGCAGAGAGAGGAUCCUACCACCACCAAGGAAGAAGAGCCAGGAGCACAGAGUGUGUACUUUGGACCCGAGAUCCCUGUCUUGAGAAGCUCCUGGAGCCAGGAGAGAGAACUCUGAAGACAGUGAGAAGUGGUGGCAGGAGAGACCGGCAGGAGACCAUGCAGUGAACAUCUCAGCCCACAGAGGGAGAAAGCUGAGUGCCUGGAGUGCCUCUGGGGACUUACUGGCAGGGGCUAAAAGAGCUUUUUAAUACUUGCCUGAGCAGGGCAGAGGCCUAGGGCCAGAGAGAGGUGUGCCUGUGAGCACAGCUGAAAAGAGGCUAUCCUGAUGGAAAAACUGUAUCUUGAGUAUUCCUGAGCUUGAACUGUAACCUGUUAAUUCCCUAAUAAACCCCAUAAUCGUGAGUAUUGUCUGUGAGUUUUGUGUGGCCAUUGCAAUGAAUUAUCAAACCCAGCAGAAAAGUAGAGAGAGGCGUGGGAGGGACAGUUGGUGUCAGAAUUGGUAAAGAUGGCGGAGAGAGGAGGCAUGUCUGACCUCUGCCUCAUAGGAAUCAGCCUUGGGCUGUUAAUCUUGAUUCUCCUCCCUUGGGAUGAGAAAGGAAAUCAGACUCCACCCCCACAUUGUUUUUACAGUGGGUGUGGGAAUGUGAGCUGCCAAAUUUACAGAUGUUUUCACAGAUGUGUUGCAAACAUGUCAAAUCUCCACCUGCAGAAGACGGGCAAAUGUUUGUGGUUGGUUGCAGACCAGAAGUAAGAGUUUGCAAAUGACUACUGCCCUGGGCCACAAAUGUAGAAAAGAUGUCCAGGAUAGCAGGUGAGGGCUCCAUCCUGAGGGAACACAUCUCUGUGGAGACAUUUGAGCAUUCAUAAAACCAUGUCUGGUGAGGACAACCACACAUGGAUGUUUUUGUAAUUCUUUAUCAAGGAAUUUCUUUUUUUUUUGAAAAUGAUCUUCAAGACCCUGGGCUUGUUUAUUUGUUUGCACUUUGGUAUAGUAAUAGCUAUUAUCACUUAAUGAGGACUUUUAAGAUUCUUUUUUUUUUUAUUAUUGUACUUCAGAUGAAGGUUUACAGAACAAAUUAGUUUUGCAUUAAACAAUUGAUACACAUAUUGUUUUGUGAUGUUGGUUGCCAACCCCACAACAUGUCAACACUCUCCCCUUCUCGGCCUUAGGUUCCCCAUUACCAGCUUUCCUGUUCCGUCCUGCCUUCUUGUCCUUGCCCUUGUGCUGAUGUGUCCCUUUAGUCUCGUUUUGUUUUAUGGGACUGUCUAAUCUUUGGCUGAAGGGUGAGCCUCAGGAAUGACUUCAUUACUGAGCUAAAAAUGUGUCCGGGGGCCAUACUCUCGGGGUUUCUCCAGUUUCUGUCAGAGCAAUAAGUCUGGUCUUUUUUGUAUGAGUUAGAUUUUUGUUCUACAUUUUUCUCCAGCUCUGUCUGGGACCCUCUAUUGUGAUCCCUGUCAGAGCAGUCAGUGGUGGUAGCUGGGCACCAUCUAGUUGUGCUGGACUCAAUAUGGUGGAGGCUGGGCAGUUGUGGUCCAUUAGUCCCUUGGACUGAUCUUGCCCUUGUGUCUUUGAUUUUCUUCAUUCUUCCUUUCUCCAGACAGGGUGAGACCAUUAGAGUAUCUUCAAUGGCCACGUGCAAGCUUUUAAGACCCCAGAUGCUACUCACCAAACAAGGCAUUUUCUAGUUGGGAGUGAGGAUGUUGCAGACAGGUGAGAAGUUUGCAGAAGAGAUGUUGGGUCCCUGUCCUUGAGGUCGUUCUCCUU